GACCGGACACGGAAUUUACCCGAUCCGGGGUUUCGUAAAAAACCCGGACACCAAAUUUCGUGAACUAUGAGGUCGGACAUGAUCGAAAUUUCGUCUCUUGCCCAACUUCUCUCUUGAGUCUCUUGUAAAUGUGUAAAACCAAAGCUUGAAGUUUGUUUCUCACUUCUAAUCCUCGCCGGAAGUUGCAGCAGCAAAGAGAAAAAUAUGGAGGAAAUCCUUGUGGCAUUUUUUUGUAUGUUUCUCGUUCUUGCGUUAAUCCCACUCUAUAUAUGGAGACGCCAUCAAAUUUCUAGAUUACCUGAGGAACGCGGUGGCGAAGAAGAUCAGGUUCCGAGGAGAGAAACUGUAGUUCGCCCUUCUGGAGCUCGCCGGAUGCGGCGGAGACCGGCUGGCGGCGCCAGUUCUUCUGCAGGUCCAUCCGCAAUAGCAGAAGAGAUUGUUGAUGGAAGUGAUGAGGAUGUUCUUGAGGAUGACAAGUUUGGUGCUAAAGCAUCCAAGAAAAAAGAUAAGAGACGGCAAGAGCGGGAUGCACAACGACAGGCUGAGGAAGCAGCACGUGAUACAAGGCAGGCAAAACAAGACCGAUAUGCAGAAAUGCGGAGGUUGAAAGAUGAAGAACGUGAAGCACAGGAGCGUUUGCUGGAGGAAGAAGCCAAGGCUCGAAAAGCCAAGGAAGAGGAAGCUGCUGCAUUGGAGUUUGAGAAGUGGAAAGGAGAGUUUUCUGUUGAUGAAGAAGGAACGAUUGGGAGUGAAGUACAAGAUGGGAGCCAGGGCUUGCUUUUUGAUUUUGUGGAAUACAUCAAGAAACACAAGUGUGUGCCAUUAGAAGAUCUUGCUGCAGAGUUCAAACUACGGACUCAGGAUUGCAUUAAUCGGAUCACCUCACUGGAAGAUAUGGGUCGCCUCUCUGGUGUCAUGGAUGAUCGAGGAAAAUAUAUAUACAUCUCGCAGGAGGAAAUGAAAGCCGUUGCUGAUUACAUUAAGCGUCAAGGGAGGGUUAGCAUUUCACACCUGGCUAGCAAGUCUAAUCAGUUCAUUGAUUUAGAACCAAAAGUUCAAUUAGUUGAAGACAUGAGUUCAGAGGGAAUUACUGUUGCCUAAUUCAAUGUAAAGUUAUCAAUUUUUAGCUGUUACUUAUGGUGGACUUCGGAUGUGUCGACCUUUUGAAAAGAAAAUUAAGCACUCGUAUCUCAUGUUUAACAUAGAGGUGGAAACUGCAGAUGUUAUUUUCUUAAAUUAUAGCUAUAAUUACAUCUUACUUACA